GAUGACUGAAAACACAGUCACAGUCAAUGAGGAACACGCCCCCAAAGUCAAAGUGUUUAAAUUCUCUGAGGACAUGAACAGUGGACAAUUUUGAACUUGCAGUGUGAAGUUGCUGAAUACAGGGAAAAUCAGAUUUCAGCAAUGGAUUCUCUGUGUGUUUCAAACACCAACUUUGCUCUUGAUCUCUACAAGAAAGUGAUUGAAGGGAAAGAAAAGGAGAAUGUCUUCUUUUCUCCAUUAAGCAUCUCGGCCGCUCUGGCCAUGGUGUAUCUCGGUGCUGAAGGCAACACUGCAGCUCAGAUGAGCAAGGUGCUACACUUUGAUACAGUAGACGACGUCCAUGCAAGAUUCAAGACACUGCUGUCUGACAUCAACAGACCCAGCGCUUCCUAUUUGCUGAAACUGGUCAACAGUCUUUUUCAAGAUAAGACGUACACAUUUCUUCAAAAAUUCCUCAGUUCUAUCUCAGAAUUUUAUCAGGCAGAUCUGUCUGCCGUUGACUUCGCAAAUCAGCCAGAAGUUGCCAGGAACACGAUUAAUUCCUGGGUAGAGAUCAAAACUGAUGGUAAAAUCCAAAAGCUGCUUUCUGCAGACCAUAUUACUGAUCUCACCAGACUCGUGCUUGUGAACGCCGUCUACUUUAAAGGGAGCUGGGAGCAUAAAUUUAAUGAGACAGAUACGCUUGUGAAACCCUUCAGACUGAAUAAGGGGCAGUCUAAGCCAGUGAAUAUGAUGUACCAAGAAGCAGACCUUUACUCCACUUAUAUCAAAGAGCUUCAAAUGAGGAUUGUUGAGCUCCCUUAUGUGCAAAAUGAGCUGACUAUGGUCAUCAUGUUGCCUGAUGAAAUCAGUGAUAACUCCACUGGUCUGGAAAAGCUUGAGCAGGUGCUCACAUAUGAAAAACUGCUUGAUUGGACCAAAGAGGAAUACAUGGAAAAAAUUAAAGUCAAAAUCCAACUGCCCAAAUUUAAGCUGGAAGACCAAUUUGACCUGAAUUCCACACUUUCAGAGAUGGGAAUGGCUGAUGCUUUCCUCGAUUUUAAAGCCGACUUCUCCGGAAUGACGGGAAAAAAUGAUCUGUUUUUGUCAAAAGUUGUUCACAAAUCCUUUGUGGAAGUUAAUGAAGAGGGCACAGAAGCGGCAGCUGCUACAUCAGUCGUUUUCAUGGAAAAAUUUCUGAAGAUCGAAGUUGAUUUUGUGGCUGAUCAUCCCUUCCUGUUUUUCAUCAGACACAACAAAACCCGCAACAUCCUGUUCUUUGGGCGUUUCUCUUCACCGGAGGGAGAUGUUGAUAAGGACAGUAAAAAUGCUAACAUCGGCAUAAUGCAGAGUCAGCAACACAAAACGGUCUUAUAAUUAGUAGAUAUCAAAAUUAUUGAUAAAGUUGUAUGCAAUAAAGCAGCAAGAAAUAAUAUGGAUUGAAUUCAAUGAUCAUGAUUGAUCUAACUGCAUUUCAACAUUGCUGUUAAUAGUCAGGGCUCUAUUAUCUGCCGGUGUAGACUUAUGCUGCGAUUAUAAUGUUUAGGGAUUUUAGUUUUCAGUUUUAUCAUUAAGUAUAAAAAAAACACAAAUAAAUGCUCAUAGGGAGAAUUAGUGUAAGAUAUUGGUAAUCUUUUGAUGGUUGUACUCAUCUUCCUCAUUAAAUAAAUUUUUCAAGUAGUGGGUUAUGGUAUGUCACUUAAAUAUUCUUUAAUAGCUAAGAACAAAAACCUUGCAUUUUAUGUAUCACCGAGUCUCCUUAAUGUUACACUCUUUUGGACUGAAAAAAAUUCUAACAUUAUACAUACUAUAUGGGUGCAACAAAGAAGCCCUAAUC